CAAGUACAUUUGUUGUCUGGAGAGUGCACUCUAUUUUCGCUCAAAAUUUUUUGUUUUUUAAUUUCUUCGCCAUGUCAACAACAAAAAGUUUUUCAUUCGGAUUAUGGACAAUUACAGAGACUAAAUCUCACAUUUUAGAGUCGGAAGGUGAAAAGAGACGAGAAUUUGAAGAGAAUUUAGAACUACCGCAUUUGCCGGAAAUGCUUUUCGCUGAUAAUUCUUUAGAAUUUGUUCAUAAAAAUGGUUUUGGAAUUAAAUUUUGCGCUUUAGACGCUUUAAAGGGCGUUGAUGCUCAUAGAGAUCUUAUAAAAGUAGCUUACGCAGACGAAUGGAAAGAGUCGAGAACUUCUCAAGAAGGAGUAGACAAUGUAGUUCAGCCACAUGAUUGGACAUAUACAACAGAUUAUAAAGGAAGUCUUAUAUCUGGAGAAUUAGAAAGUAUAAAAGUUAUUCCAACAAAAGAGAGGAUCAAUUUAGAAAAGUUAAAGAUUCGAGAGAAAAUUCUCUUUUAUUCGGACAUUUUAUUAUUUGAAGAUGAACUAGGAGAUAAUGGGGAAGCCAAAUUAGGUGUGAAAGUAAGAGUUAUGCCCUCAGGAUUCUUCAUACUCAGCAGAUUUUAUAUGAGAGUUGAUGAUGUAAUUGUGAGGAGGACAAAUAUAAAUAAUAACGCCUACGAUCAUGAUUUCAUUGAGACCUUGCCUGUUUUAUUAAAAGAUGAUAGUACAAAGAGAUUUCUAUUAGGCGAUCCAGAUUUUCAUCAUUAUUUAAUAGCGAACCCUUCAAUCUUGGCAGAACUCUGGUUAGAGGAAGAGAGUCGUGAGAUAUUAAGAAAUUUUGACGAUAUUAGGUGUUUCAUAGACCAUAAUCAUGAAUUUAUGGAACAUUUAGAAUUACUUCAAUUGAAAAAGAACAUACCUUGUCAUGAUCUCUUCAUUCGUACUCUUCUCAAUCCCAAAUUAUUAAAGUUAAUCGAAAGGAAUGAAGAUCUACAACAAGCUUGCAUAGAUGAUGUUUCACUACAAAUAUUUAUUAGUACGAAAAAGGAUAUUAGGGAUAAAUUGGAAAAAAACCCCUCUUAUAUAUCAACUUUACUCAAACAACCGGAAGUUAUCGAUAAUCUUAUCAAUCUUCCAGAAACUCAAAGGCGAUUAGAAACUAUUAGAUCGAAAGAAAUGACUCCGCAUCUAACUUUACCAGUAUUAAAGUACAACUCGACAGAAAUGGAAUUAUUCGAAAACGAGACAAAGAGAGCAGUCUAUACUUUAAACAAAAAUGUUAAUUCUUACAAGUCUAAAAUGAGAGAAACUAUUGAAUUCGAAAACUUUAAUGGAGAUUACGAAAGAAGAGACUUUCAUGAUAUAUUAAAUACAUUCCCUGAAAUAAAUAAUUUAAAUAAGAUUGAUGCCGAAACUAAAAGAAUCAGUUUUGAGAGGAUAAACGAUAAAUUAAUGAAAUUUAACGCUAGUAGUAAUAAUUCAGAAUUUAAGUCAAAUUUUUUAGACGGUGAUGAAGACCCUCAAGGGAUUUGCCGAGCUAUUGGCAGAGCGAAAAGUUCGUCUGUUGGAAAUGUUCAUCAUCUUAAUGACGGCGAUGAAGUUUCGGGUUCCGAUGGAUCUCAGGGAGUUUAUCCUGUUAAUAAUGAACAGUUUUCCGAUUUACAAAGACAAUUAAGUACCGUCGAAAAGGAUAGAGAUGAAGCUGUUGCUCAAUUACGUGUUGUAGCUAUAGAAUAUGAAAAGCAGAAAGAAAAGGCGUCAAAAUUAACUACAAUGCUUCAUGAAAAAAAUCUCGAAUUGAAGGAAGGAGUUUUAACAUUAAUAGAAAAUGGUCAAAUUGAUACUACUCAAUCAAUUGUUGAAGCGGAGAUACGAAUAAGAGCAUUAGAAAUAGAGAUAGAAAAUCAUAAACAGGAUGCUGAUGCUAAGAAAGUUGCACUUCAAACGGUCGUAAAAGAAAAUACAGAAUUAAUGAGGAAACUAAAAGAAUUUACAAGGGAACUAAUUGUUGAAAAGUCAAUCGUUUCCCAAAUAACCGCUUCAAGAGUAGAUUUGGAGGCUACAGUUCAUCGUCUUACAACUGAACGAGAUAAUUUUAAAGCAGAACUACUGAAAAUUGACGAACUUAGAAGUAAAGUUGAAUUAGAAGCUAAAGAAGAGCUUUCAAAAAUUGAAAAUGAUAUGAGGAAAAUAAAAACAGAAUAUGAUCAGGCAAUUGCCAUAAUGAAAGAUGACAAUCAUAUGCUCAUGACUGAAGUUGCUUGCGCUAAAGCACUCUCGGAAGCUAGGACAGGUGAAAUGGAUCAAACUAAGAAUUUAUUAGCGGUAGCUAAUUUAGAAAUAGAAGAUUUAAAUAGGAAAUUAGAAGUAAUUACAGAGGAAAAUUUGUCUAGUAGAACCGAAAUUGAUAGGGUGAUGCAGGAAUACGAUAAAAUAAUUCGAGAGAAUUGCGCUACUAAAGAAUUAAUUGAGAAAACAAGGCAGGAUAAAGAAAAGCUAUUAUCUGAUAAGUAUUCGUUGGAAAGAGACGUCGAAAGGCUGAGUGACGAACUCGAUGGAAUUAAAGAAGAUCUAAUUGAAAGUGGAAGAAGAAUGGGAGACGCUCGGCAUCAAGCUAUGGAAUCAGAAAAACUCUAUCAAAACAGUCACGAUAUGACUUUGUCUCUUCAAGCUGAUCUUAGACACGCUCAAAGUCAACUUCAAGCAGCCGAAGACGAAAAGAAAUGCCUUGGUCAAAGAUUGCAGAAAUUUGCUGAGCAAAAUAAGCUAUUAUCUAAAAAUAUGAAUAAUCUUAAACAACAAAUGAGUGCUGGAGCAGAAAUACUAAAAGAGGAGAGAAGAAUCUCUUCAGAGAGAAAGAGUGAAUUGAAAUUUUUAAAUGAUGCUCAGGAAAAAUUAAAAUCCGAACUUGAAUUGUUACAAACCGCUUUUGAUAAAGAGCAAAAUUUGCAUAUGUCCCUUAGAGAACAAUAUAUUCUAGAGGAACAACAGCAAUCGAAAUUAAAUGAAAGGAUAAAGAGCUAUGAAAUGGAAGUUAAUACAUUGGAGCAAAAAUUACGCGAAGAGAGGAGUCAAUUCGAACAAACUAGAUAUGAGAAGGAAAAGGUUAUUGAAGAAACAAAAGUACUUUAUGAUAGAAUUGAAAAUUUUGAAAGGUUACUCUCAAUUGAACAAACUAAGUAUAAACAAGUAGUUGAAAAAAUGAGACAAGAUUUUGUCACAGACUUAGAUUUUGCAAAAAGAGAGAAAGGCAAUAUGAAUGAAAUGGUUUCAAAAUUUAGGGAAGAGAUUAAUGAUCUAAAAGAGCAGAUUAGAACUAAAGAUUUACAAAUUAGAUCCUGUUAUCAAUCAAUUGGACAAAUGGAUUCUGAAGCCAGAGGUAGAAAAGAGCUUGAAUGUCAAUUAUUCCAAGCUGAAACGGAAUUAAAAGAAGCUCAAGGUAUCGUCGAAACAAUCCAUUCGGAAUUAAUUCUUGAAAGAGAGAAGCAAAGUCAUCUCUCUCAACAAAAUGACAAACUUUUGACAAAUAUUAACCAACUUAAAGAAGGGCUAAAAUUAGUCAAAGAAGAGUAUACGAAAGAAGUAUUUAGGCUAAGUCAUGAACUGCAACAAAUAUCCCUAAGCUCAGAGGAAGAAAUUCGUUCAUUACGCGACAGCUUAAAUAAGUCAAACGCUGAUCUUUUGGCUACUGAAGCUUCUUUAUUGGCUCUGCAAGAAGUAAGGGAAAAUCUCCAUUCGUCAAAUAAAAAUUUUGAAAAAACUAUUGACGCUCUAAAGAGACGUUUACACCAAGAAAUGACUGCUAAACGCCUUGUAGAACAACAACUAGACGUCCUAAGGAAACAACAUGAAUAUUUAACGAAAAAUACUGAUCACCCAGAGGAUUACAAUAGUCAAGACUUGGUAAUAAAUUAUAAUAAACUUCAAAUAGAAUUACAGGCGGAAAAGGAUGAAGUUCUACUACUAAGAAAACAAUUACAAGCGACUCAAGCGAGUUCUUACACUCAAGAAGCACAUAUGCAAACUUUGGAAUUACAAUUGGCUGAAAGUCAGAGUCAAGUUUCAAGUCUGAAGAGGAAAUUUGAAUUGCAAAUUAUGCCAAAUGAGUCUAAAACAAAGUUAGAUAAGGAUCUAAGAAACCAGUUAGCUCUAUACGAAAAGGAAAGGAUGCUUUUCUUCCAAAAUGCUCAAAAGUUAUCUCAAGAUCUUGAACUAGCUCGCGAACAAUCGAACAACAAAACAAGGGAUAUAAUUAAAUUAGAGGAACAAAUUGGCGUUUUAAAACAAACUAUUAGUGAAAUGCAACACGACAUUAAAAUUACUGAAGAUGUUUGUAAAACCGAAGGUGAUAAAAUGGAUCGUCUAGAAAGAAGAAAUCACGAGUUAGAAUCUCAAAAUAUAAAACUAAAGGCCCAAAUAAGCAAUAGAAAAGAUAAUCUUCACUGA